AAACUCUUUCCGUACGAUGGCACAGGAUAUAACACCACACAAAGAUACCGCAUCUGCUUAGGCAAAAACUUCACCAUGGCGGCACUUACCAUAUUUAAGCUAUCCCUUCUCCUGAGUCUGCUGUCCAACCUCAACUCUGCUCUGCUGCCGCUUCCGGGAGUCGGCAAGAACAUCGUUGACGAUGGGUUAUUUCCCCCUACCUGCACCCGCAUCGAGUGCCCCAAUUUUGAGAUUAUCCAUCAGGACAGUGGUUUUGAAAUUCGAAGAUAUAAUCAUACAGAAUGGAUAGAAACUUCUCCUAUUCAAGAAAUUUCCCUGGUUCAGGCCACCAGACAAGGCUUUCUUCAGUUAUUUGAUUACAUUCAAGGAAACAACAAGUACCAGCAAGAGAUAGAGAUGACGGCUCCAGUACUCACCAAGGUGUCACCAGGUGACGGACCCCUGUGUGAGUCAACAUUCAGCAUCAGCUUUUACAUCCCCAAGCAGAACCAGGCUAACCCACCUCCGGCAGAAGGCCUACAUGUCCGAAGCUGGAAACCAAUAUUUGCAGCUGUGAGGCAGUUCAGUGGGUUCGUAACAGACUCAAACGUUGGAGAAGAAGCUGCUGCCUUACAGGCCAGUCUUGCAGGCACCGUGUGGGGCGAUGCUAUUGCAAAAAGCCAAGGAGCUGGUGCUACUUCUGGUUAUACGGUUGCUCAGUAUAAUUCUCCGUUUGAGUUUGAGAAUAGGGUGAAUGAGAUAUGGUUUUUGUUUGACAUGUGAACUGCAGAAAGUUUGAAGUGUCUUGUAACUGUUAAUCUAGACUCUAGAUGAGAAACACUUGAGAGUAGAGCUUUUUAUGUACUUGAGACACUAAAUAAAACAUUAAUGUUACCCUAAGCAACAAUUUUUACUGAGGGAAAUGAUGGAACUAUAACAGCUCAAUUCCAUUGUUUCAUCAUCAAAAGUACUUUCUUUCACCGUGAACUAAAUUUCCUUCUUUCAGAAUAAAAUUGCUUUCAGUUC